AGAGUCGGUGAGUUUGUGAACACGGAGCUCCACGAGGUCCCGCAGCGCUCCUGAAUCUGAAGAGCUCCGACAGUCCCAGAGGAGACCUGCUGGAUCUCAGAGACCAGGACCAAGAGCGGGAUGGAGGAGGACAACCAGGACCCGGAGCCCCGGAGCAACAACGUCCCCGGAGGACAAACAGCAGGCUCGAGCUCUGAUAGCACCGAUGUUCAGAAACAGAGAGGAAGAGAGGGACUCAAACGUCACCACUGUCAGCACUGUGACAAGUACUUUUCAACAUCUGGAUCUUUAAAGAUUCAUCAGAGAGUUCACACUGGAGAGAAACCAUACAGCUGUGACCAGUGUGGGAAAACUUUCACUAGAUCAGGUGAACUUACAGUCCACGGGCGUGUUCACACUGGAGAGAAACCAUACAGCUGUGAACAGUGUGGGAAAGCUUUCACUACAUCAGGUGACCUAAAAAUCCACCUACGUAUUCACACUGGAGAGAAACCGUACAGCUGUGAACAAUGUGGGAAAGCUUUUGCUCAAUCAUUUCAUUUAGAAAACCACAGAAGUGUUCACACUGGAGAGAAACCGUACAGCUGUGGCCAGUGUGGGAAAGCUUUCGCUAGAUCUGGUGGCCUUAAAAGACACCUCCAACAUGUUCACGAUGGAGAGAAACAGUACAGCUGUGACCAAUGUGGGAAAGAUUUCGCUACAUCAAGCUAUCUAAAGAUCCACCUUCGUGUUCACACUGGAGAGAAACCGUACAGCUGUGACCAGUGUGGGAAAGCUUUCACUACGUCAGGUGCCUUAAAAACCCACCAACGUGUUCACACUGGAGUGAAACCCUACAGCUGUGACUUAUGUGGGAAAGCUUUCACUACGUCAGGUGACCUAAAAAUCCACCAACGUGUUCACAGUGGAGAGAAACCGUACAGCUGUGACCAAUGUGGGAAAGCUUUCACUUCAUCAAGCCAUCUAAAUUUUCACCGUUAUGUUCACACUGGACAAAAACCGUACUGGUGUGAACACUGUGGGAAAACCUAUGCCCGGAAUGGUUCCCUUAUAGUUCACCAACGGAUUCAUGCUGCUUCACUUUGAACAUUUCAGAGCCGAACGCAUGCUAAAACAUGUCGUAGGAGUAAAAGUUCUUCAAAACUUUGGGACACAACAAUUUCCACCUGCAGAGAAACCCACAGAAAGAGACGCCAUCUUGUAUGACGUUAGAAGAGUUGCACAUGUGGGUCUUGAUUGGUAACUAACAAAAAUCCUCCUCCACAUGUUGCUCACCUGCUACUGUGGAAACGGAAUUGCGGCUGAAGAAAUUCAAAAUGCGAGUUGUCUUUACAAACUGAAAUAAAGUAAACUGAGCAGACUGACAGGUUUAGGUAAGUAAACACUGAAGUAAGGUGGAAAAUUAGGUGUAGAUAAAAUGAUGUGAUAAUACCUGGCUAAUAAAAAUAGGGUAACGUAUUCUUUCAAAUAUUUUCAUUUAAAUUACAAAUACAGGUGCUGGUCAUAUA